AUGCGACAGCUUCAGCAAAGGGUCGAGGAACGGAUGCCGGACUGGAAAAGCUUGUGGCUCGUGAACUACCUAGUCUUCUUGCAGCUUAGCUUGAUCGCCACGUUGGUGCUAAACGUCGAGAUCGUCGUUCCAACGGCCGACCAGUAUGCGCAGACACUCGGUGCUGGCGAGACCUUCAGCGGUCUGGUCAUUGCCCUCACACCCUUCUUCCAGGGUCUGAUAGGGAUCCCAAUGAACUACUGGAUGCUCCGAUCUGGAAUCUCCCUGAAGACCAUCCUUAUUGUGAUGGUUGCUGGCAGCAUCCUUGGGAACAUCCUCUACGCCCUCGCUGGUCUCAUGCGCUCCAAGAUUGCCAUCUUGUGUGCGCGUACGCUCAUCGGAAUCUGCCAGUGCCAGCUUGGGGGGCCCAUUUACAUUGCAAAAGCCGUGGGAAUCAAGAAGCGCACGAGGGUUCUCUUCGUCUUCUCCACCAUGGCCACCCUGGCUUUCACCGCAGCUCCACUGCUCGCAGCGUUGCUGGAGAUUUUUGUGAAGCAGCUGCGAAUCGAGAAUUUGGUCCUCGACUCCGACACGGUUCCGGGCUGGUUCAUGGCCUUUGCCUACUACCUCUUCCUCCUCAAAGUCGUCUUCUUCUUCGAGAACCCGGAAGACGAGAACCCGAAAGAGGACGUGGGGAAGAAUGUGCCUUCACUGGCAGAGGCUCUCGACACAGACCCGCCUGUGGAGUCCCUGUGGACCAGCGGCUUUCUCGUCUGCCUCUUCGCUGCCUUUGCGAGCUCACUGACCAACACGAUGGCGAUCGUAUUUUUCGUGAAGCUGGCAGAGAAGACCUGGCGAUGGAGCGUGUCCGUUACUGCAUUUGCCUUGGCUGGUUUCAUGGCCGUCGUUUCGCUGCUGUCCCUGGUCAGCAGCAGGCUUGCCAAGCUGGUAGAGGACAGGAAGGGACUCCAGUUCACCUCUUGCAUUGGUGCUGCGUGCUCCUUGAUUACUAUUCCGUUCUCGAAGAACUGGCCGGCAGCUGCUAUCACUGUCAUGUUUGUUGGGCUAUUGCUGGUCCAGUCAUCGGCUUCCGUCGUCAAGAACUACGCCUAUGCACUUUGCCCCAAGAUCGUGGCUCCACGCUUUAAGGAUCGAGCUGGUGCUAUCAACAUGAUCUCUUUGAUGCUUGGACGAGGUUCCCAGUUCUGCACCUACUUGUUCCUCCUCUUCCUAUCCUGGAAGUUUGCCGCGAUAUUCCACUUCAGGUUCGCCUCUAGUCCAAUCAUUGAGUCCAAGGUGUCCCACACCAGGCAACUCUUGUGCUUCCCAGCAUGGGGCCAUCAAGUUUUCACAGAGGAGCAAAGAAUUCACACGCCCGGGCUCGUCACUGCCUUGUUUGCUCAUGACUCCAAUGCACUCAUGGGCGGCAAUCUCAGGCAUCAGCUCACCUCAGCCCUCCGCACCGCUGAACCAGGCAAGCAGGGAGUGCUCGACGCCCUGCACUCUCAGCAGGGCCAGCUGAGCUUGCUCUCGAAGCACCUAGCCUCGCUGCGUGACGAGCAUGAGGCUCUUUGCGAAUGCCUGGCCUCGCACGGUGUUGUCCCUGGCGAGAGGCUCAUGGCUUGGCUACAUCGGCGUCGCUUCGCAGAAGCUCGGAGAAGACAUCCGCUACAGUGUCACGAGUCCUUGGAGUCUCUGCUCCAGGCCAAGGAGCUUUCCCUGACCGUGGCAGCCCGGCUUGGACUGUCGGGUUCGGCUACCGCCAGUGCAGCGUCGCGCGCGUUGCGCGGCUCCUUGGCGGCCGUCGGCCCAGAACUGGUGGCAAUGUUUCCGCUUCACCUCUAUGCCAUUGGAGGGGAGGCAGGCGGAGAUGCUCUGGCAUCCGUCGAGCGGCUUGACGUUCGUGAGAACAGAUGGGUGCAGAGCGCACCCCUGCGCAGCCCCAGGAGCGGCUGCGCAGCCGUGGCGCUGUCGGGGCACAUCUACGCGGUGGGUGGCUGUGGGGUUGAUGGUGAAGAUUUGCGGUCAGUGGAGAGGUUCAGCUUAUGGGACUCGGAGUGGGAGGAGGUGCCAGCGAUGUCCACGGGCCGUGACGAGCUAGCGGCAGCAGCUUGUGGCGGAUGCCUCUAUGCCAUGGGCGGCAGCCACCUGGUUUGGCCGGUGCGCCACGUCUUGGACUCGGCAGAGCAGUUCGACCCGCGGAGCCACUGUACAGGCAGCUGGCAGGCCCUUCCCCGGCUCAGCCGGGAACGCUGCGCGGCUGCGGCAGUGGCAGUGCGGCGGCGGCUCCUGGUGCUCGGGGGCUGUGACGAGGAUGGCGUGGCGCUUUGUUCCGCGGAGUCCUUCGACCCGACGGCGGGGCGCUGGGUGCCAUUACCGCCGAUGAAGCGGCCACGGUGCAACUUCGCUGCCGCUGCAGCCGGAGGUCGAGUGCUGGUGGCCGGAGGCUACGAUGUGCGGGACAACACGCGAGAUGUGGACACGGUGGAGCACCUCGAUCCCUGGCAGAGCAUCGGCUGGGAGUCCGUCGCCCGCCUUCCAGUUCCCCGCUGGGGUGUGCGUGCUGCGAGCAGUGCUGGAACCAUCUUCAUCGUGGGCGGGAAGGUCAACGAGUAUGAGGUGGGAGAUACCCAGUGUAUGGACCAUGCAUCGGGUAAUUGGGUGAGCUAUGCGCAGCUCCUGCAGCCGCGACGGUCCUUCGGCUUGGCCGCUGUGAGAUCUUGCGGUAGCGAGCAGGCCGCGAUGUCUGCUAACGAGGUGCCGGUGAUUGACCUCUCUGCCUUUUUGAAGGAAUGGGAGUCAAUGCCUGCAGACAGGCGUGCAACGACGAAAGUGGAUGAGCUGCCUCAGGAGGCCCGGACCGUCGUCCGCGCCUGGCGUGAGGCAUUUGGCCAAUUUGGCUUCUGCCACGCCAUUGGCCACGGCGUACCGGACGAAGUUAUCGAGAAUGCCUAUGCCUGCGCCCGAAAAUUUUUCGACCUGCCCAUGGAGGAGAAGAAGCUCUCGGACACGGGCCGCCCAUACGGAAGCGCCGGCGGCGGCUUCAAGGCCCAGGGGGCGGAGAGCGUCAGCAAAACAGAGACUGACAACCCGGGCGGCGAGGUUGCUGGCAUGAAGAAGGCUCGGCCGUUUGACAGAGUCGAGUCCAUGAUGUACUUCGGCCAUGGCAACGACGUCAUUCCCAAGGCCGUUCCGGAGUAUGUCGACGUCAUGGAGCGCUAUCGGAAGGAAGUGUUCCGACUUCUUCUGGGCUCCAUGGCGCUCACUGCCGCCUCCCUCGACCUGCCAUUGGGGCACUUCGAGCCUUUCUUCCCGACUGAGUUGAAACCCAACGAGGCCCCGAACUCCGUGCGCUUGGCAUACUACCCGGCCUACAUUGAAGGGCAAGAGCCACUGCCGGGGCAGAUGCGGUACGGUGAGCAUACCGACUACACAGGCUUCACCUUCUUGUGGCAAGACCACAACGUGUCCGGGCCGCAAACUGCCAGCAGCGGCCUGGGAGCACCUCCCGGUGGACUUCAGGUCCGGAUGCCUGAUGGCUCCUGGGUAGAUUGCCCCCCAAAGCCCAAAGCCUUUACUAUCAAUGCAGGCGACUUGAUUCAGGCUUGGACCAAUGAUGUCUUCCUGUCCAACUAUCACCGCGUUGUGAAUCCUCCUCCUGGUGACCGACAUGAUCGAAUCAGCCUUGUCUACUUCACCGGGCCCACCAACCAUACGAUGGUAGAGCCCUUGCCAACGUGUGUCGGCCCAGACAGACCGGCAAGGUACUCUGCCAUUUCUGCAGGUGAGCACCUGAACAAGAAGUUGAAGGUGUCAAAUGCCUGA